CUAGCCACCCGUUUUUUACCCGCCCUUGUGAACUGCUUCUCAUCACAUUUGCAGUGUUUUCAAGAAAAUCCAAACCAUUUCAAUGGCAAUAACCAACAAUUUGAAGCCCACCAUUUCGUCUCAAAUCACUUCAUUUGGCUCCUCAUCCAUUAAAACAACUCCUCCAACCCCAGUAAAGUUCUCCAGGAAUGCACUCUUCUCCAGCACCAUUCUGUCAAUGCCUGUAAAUGAUCACAGCCCAGUUGGUAUUUUCACGAGAAACAGAAUGGUCCCUCGUGUUUCUGGGAUUUGGGAUGCUGUGACUGGUGGGAAUUCUGGGAGGGAAGCUCUUCUUGCGAUUCGGCGUGGAAUGCAGCUCUUUAGAGAGGGUGAUGUUUUGGGGUCUGUUGUGGAGUUUGAUAAGGCUAUUCAACUUGAUGCUCGCCAAAAGGCAUAUCUUUGGCAAAGAGGUCUUUCACUCUACUACCUUGACAGGUUUGAGGAAGGGGCAGAGCAAUUCAGGAUAGAUGUUGCACAAAAUCCAAAUGACACAGAGGAGUCAAUAUGGUGCUUUUUGUGUGAAGCUCAAUUAUAUGGAGUGGAUGAAGCACGAAAAAAAUAUCUUGAGGUUGGUAGGGAUCCACGUCCUGUUAUGAGGGAAGCUUAUAACAUGUUCAAAGACGGAGGUGACCCAGAGAAGCUUGUCAAGGAAUUCUCGAGUGGCCGAGAAAGCGAAUAUUUCUAUGCUUCUUUAUAUGCCGGGCUUUACUAUGAAUGCCAGGGUAUACCAGAUGGCGCCAAACGUCAUAUAGUUGCUGCAUGUGAAUCUCCUUAUGGACAAAAGUCUGAUGAUUAUAUGGCUGCCCUUGCUAAAGUUCACACACAAUGUCGAAACUGGAACCAAAAAGCAUGAUUUGCUUCAACACCUGUAUGAUAGAAUUAUGCUCCACUUCUUGUGAAAGUUAUUUGAUAUGGCACAUUAACAACAUCACUAGUUGUUGAAGACAUUUUGUUUUACCAUGCCUUGCAUGUAGAAUGUUUCAGGUGGCAUAUUACAUCUUGGUGAAUAAGAUUCUGCGACUACUAUACAGUUAUCCUUCAUGAAGAACUACAGCGCUGUGUCCCUAAACAGUUAAACCUGAUAGAAGGUGAAGUUGGAACUUUUUAAAUAGCAUUGUUCCAUUAUUUUUAAGCUUAAGAAAUCAAGAACAUGUUGAAGUUCUUUCACUUGUAUAUAUGUCUAUAAAACAAGGCGGCUAUUACUGUAUGAUCUUUUGAGUACUUUGGUACCAUCAAUGGCGAGCUUGUGUAUUGUUUUUUGUUACUUGCACUACCCCGCAGCCUCUUUAGCAGGCAAUGUGUUUCGGGAUUGUAUAUUCAUGUAUUUGUUUCUGGGAAAAACAAGACUCUGUACACAUACUCGAUUGACUGAAUCCUAGUAAAAUGAGUUCUAUGUUCUGUUUCUCA